AUGGGAGGGACACGAGAAAGAGAUAUGCUCCAUGGCAAUGGUGAGACACUUUCCGGAACCUCCAGUGGAAAUAAAGCAUUGUCUGAAGCUGCAGCGGAAUCCAAAGAUCAUCGAAAGAGUGGUACAACGAUUCAAUUUCUUGAGACUGUUCAAAGGUCUGAUAAUUCUUCAACAUUGGGGAUCACUUACAUGGGAGGGCAUGGCUGUGCCAGUUACUGGAAAUCUUGUCAUCAGAAACCCGUUCCUCUUCUUCUGCAAAACCAGCAAACAGUGAAGGAUGAUGAUUCUUUAAUAUCUGAGACCACUUACUGGGGAGAGCACAAUUGCUUUAGACCCUUGAAAUGGUGCUAUUCGAGACCUCCUUCUCUUCUCAUGCAAAACCCGCAAACACUGAAGAUUACCAGAAUAUUUCGAGGAGUUUACAUACUUUUUAUAGCAAUUAAGGCAAUGGCAAGUAAUAGAACAUUGGAACAGGAGGGAUUGGACAACAGUUUUGAAGGGGCCAACAUAUCCCAACAUUUAAAAUUGGAGGAGCUUUCUGAUCGCUUAAGUUAUUUUUGCUCUCUCUGGCCUCAUAAUUUUGAGUUUCACAAGGAUAAAUGUCUCCAGCUAUGGGUUGCACAAGGAUUUUUUGAUUUUGAGUUUGGACGGAGAAUAGAGGUUGUGGCGAAUGAACAUUUCGAAGACGUGCUUAAGAAGAAUGUCAUAGUGCAAUCUAGAUUUUGCAUGGCCACAGGAAUGAUGAUGUACGUAGUUAAUACUGUUGUGUCCUCAAGUUCAUCCUUGUGGGUACGAGAAGAUAAAUUGCAGCAUUUGUUCUUACCCCCUGAGAAAUUUGAGGAAGUCAGUUUUGGAACUCUUGAAAAACUCAACCAGUUGCGCACUCUGAUAUUGUUCUGUCAGCAUGGUAAUUCCAUCAAGCGAGUACCUUCUGAUUUCUUCCUCAAGCUGCCACACUUGAGAAUUUUGGAUUUGCAGGCAACUAACAUAUCUUUGUUGCCUUAUUCUAUUGGUCAUUUGUUAUCUUUGCGUUAUCUUGAUGUCUCGAAGACACGUAUAAAGUACCUUCCUGAAACUAUAGGUAGUCUUCGGUAUUUACAGAUAUUAAAGCUGCAGAGUUGUUCUAAUUUUUAUAAAUUACCAGAGUGCACCAACAAGUUGACUAGUUUGCGCCAUUUGGAUCUUAACAUUGUUGGCCGACUAACUUCAAUGCCAGUUGGAAUGGGUAAUCUAACCAGCCUUCAGACACUAAAAGACUUCACUGUUGGCAAGGAAAAAGGCUACGGUGCGAGAGAGUUGAAGCAUCUCAAUGAUCUUUGUGGGUCGUUUCGGAUUUCAAGUGUAGAGGAGGCUAGAGAAGCUGAGAUGAACAAGAAACAUCUCAAUGAGUUGGAAUUGCAAUGGGAACAAUAUCCAGAUGAUUUCAUUUCAGUUGAGGAUAUAUUGGAAUGUCUCCAGCCCCAUGUGAGCCUCAAAGAGUUGACAAUAUCUUUCUACAGUGGCUUUAGAUUUCCUACAUGGAUGAGUAACUCGUAUUUGUACAACAUUGUGAGCAUUACUCUCGUUGAAUGUAAAAGUUGUAGCGACUUGCCAUCGCUUGGAGGUCUACAGUCACUAAAGUCUCUUCUCUUUGUUCGCAUGUAUGGGGUAAGGUCUAUUGAUCGUCACUUUUGCAGAUAUUGGGGGAGGCAAAUAGGACCUGCAUUCUCAAAGCUUGAAAAAAUUAAAGUUGAGGGAAUACCGAAACUUGAAAAAUGGACAGGCGUGGAGAAUGGGGACUUUCCAUGUCUCCUUGAGUUAACAGUGAGUUGUUGCCCUAAACUUAUUACAAUUCCUGUGCUUUCACUUAGCUCUCUCAAGACAUUGACAAUUUUUAGAUGUGAGGACCUUCAGUCACUUCCUAAGGGAAGACUUUCAUUUCCUAAGGGAAGACUUUCAUCAAAGCUGAAAGAUCUUUACAUAGCAAAUUGCCCACCAGUAACGAACCGUUGCCUUAAACCUCAAGGUGAGGAUUGGUUUAAGAUUCAACACAUACCUUCAAUCAUCAUUGAUCAUGAAGAGAUGGCUAUGGAUCCAAAUCACUAA